CAAGACGAACGUGUAUAAGCGUCGCGAUAGACGACCACUAUAGGAUUACGAAAAGAUAAGGUCAGAUACUACACAGACGAGAACGAGUUUUGUGUUGCAUUUGUCCGAGGACGGCGCGGAGUUAAGUUGGCUGUGAACGAUGGAGAAAGUUGUGUGUUUGGACGACAUCGAAGCCCUGGCGCUGGCGAAGUUAGAUUCCUGUGCGAGGGAUUAUUACAAGAGCGGAGCAGAUGAGGAAGUAACGCUCGGCGAUAACAGGAAAGCCUUUCGGAGAUUAUACCUGCGUCCGAGGGUGUUAACCGAUGUCUCCAAGAGGAAUCUGGAAGUGGAGGUCCUCGGUCAAAAGAUCAGCUUCCCAGUCGGUAUCGCGCCGACGGCUAUGCAGCGAAUGGCUCACCCAGACGGAGAAGUCGCGACCUGCAGAGCUGCACACCAGGCAAAGACGGUGAUGAUCCUGAGCACCAUAGCAACCACUUCCGUUGAAGAGCUAGCAAAGGCCGAGCCCGACAGCAUACGAUGGUUCCAGUUGUACAUCUACCGCGACCGCAGCGUGACGCAAGCGCUAGUGAGGCGAGCAGAGGCGAGCGGCUUCCGCGCCCUGGUGUUGACCGUGGACACUCCCAUAUUCGGCCAUCGCAGGGCGGAUUCGAGGAACAAGUUUGCUCUUCCACCGCAUCUUCGGUUGGCGAAUUUCGUGGGCGACGACACGAAAAGUUCCGGUGUGUGCAAGGCUCAGUCCGGUUCUGGCCUUAACGAGUAUGCAAGCGGCCUCUUUGAUCCAUCACUGACCUGGGAGGAUGUCCGCUGGCUUCGCAGCUUUACUUCACUUCCCAUUGUCAUCAAAGGAAUACUAACUGCUGAGGACGCAAUCUUCGCCGUGAAGAACGGCGCUGAUGCUAUCCUGGUGUCAAACCACGGAGCAAGACAACUUGAUGGCGUCCCUGCUACGGUCGAGGCCCUUCCAGAAGUCGUUCGAGCUGUUGGGGAUCGUUGCGAGGUCUACCUAGAUGGCGGUGUCAGGACAGGCACAGACGUCGUGAAAGCCCUAGCACUGGGUGCGCGUGCUGUCUUCAUCGGAAGACCUGUCGUCUGGGGACUCGCUUGCAACGGCCAAGAAGGUGUGAGCAAAGUGCUCGAAAUUUUAAGGCGUGAAGUGGACCUUGCCCUAGCCCUCUCAGGAUGCACUUCGGCUGCAGGUAUACCAAACAGCAUUGUGGCUCGAAGAGAAACGUACUCUCGCAUGUAGGAUGGAAUGUGCAAUGCAGCGGGAUCAUUAUGCUAAUUUAAGAUAAUCGAGGCAGAGCUCAUUAUGCUAACAUAUGAAAAUAAAAAACCAAAAAACAUGUAUCCAAUUCCUAGGUAUGUAUUGCUUCACCCUAGUUGAAGGCAUGCACUUUGGAAGUGAUUGAUGCUUACACGCUGUUCUGACUUGCAAGAUCCGUAAAAAGAUAUGUCUAGGCCAAUUUCAUUAACAAAGACACAUAGGAAGAACAGCUACUGUUUAAAUAAAUAUUUUUUUACUCUUC